GCAUUACCAUUCACAUUGCAUUACACCAUCAAUACCUCUUCACCCACCUACGAUGCUGGCCAUCUACUCCACCCUCCUCGCACUUGCACUGACGCUAAUCGCAAGCGUUGUCACCGCAAAAACCCCAGUGUCUAACCGACCGCUUUGGGGUCUGUGCUACUCGCCGUACAACAACGACGGAUCAUGCCCUGCUUAUGAGUCAGUCGAAAGCGGUCUGAACGCCGUAGCCGAUGUUGCCAAAAACAUUCGUCUGUUCUCAACCGACUGCAGCCAGCUCAAGUUUGCACUAAAAGCGAUCACAAAGAACGACCUCGACAUGGGUGUCUAUGCUGGGCUGUGGAUCACUGACGGCGACCAACGCAAGAACUCGGAUGUGGCUGCUUUCAUUGACGCUGCCAAAGCCUACAAUUCAUCGGGCCUGAUCCGCGGCGUGUCUGUAGGCAACGAGGAAACAUUCAAGAACAUGGAUUCUGCGCAAGUCGUUGGCCAUAUCAACGACGUUCGCUCCAGGCUGCGUGGUGCUGGGCUCGGACAUAUCCCUGUGUACACCACUGAUGUCGAUAGCCACUUUACGCCGGAAAUGGCCAAGGCCAGCGACGUGGUCAACGUUAACGUGUACUCGAUGUUUGAUGGGAGCCCGAUAACCAUGGACCAAGCCGUGCAGCGGGUGAUUGCCCGCGCCAACCAUGUCCGCGAUUCGGUCGCCCAGGGAAAGAAGGUGCGCAUCAGCGAGUCGGGAUGGGCAGCGGGGGGCAAUCUGAAGGGCAUGCCGCUGACCUUGGAAAACCAGCAGAGCUACCUGCGCAAGUUCAAGUGUGCUGCCGAGAAGGCAGGCUUCGAGUAUUUUUUCUUCGAGGCGAAGAACGCCGACUGGAAGAAGAGCAUGGAGCAGGCAGACUACGAGUACAACUUUGGCGUCUUUGACUCCAACUUUGGCCACAAGCUUGACUUUAGCAUCAAGUGCUGAAAGCACUGCAUAGUCACAUUCUUCACAUGUAAAACAUUUCAUCACAACUGCGUAUACCCUUCAACAUGGC